CACCUCCACCCAUUGCGCGGAUGCAAUACUUUACGUGUGUUUACGACGAGCUUAUCUGAGUGCUCAAAAUGCUUGGGGCUGCACGCAAGCUGCUCUUCAACCGCACCCACCAUCAUGGCUGCCUCCCUCUCCGAUGUGCAAAUUGCGCGCGAGACUCCCUCCGAUGGCUUGCAGGAGGACUCUAUCCAACUCGUUGCCAAGCAUCCUCAGCAUGGACUCAUCGGAAAACUACAGGCUCUCAUAUUUUCUCGCUCGCCUGCGCUACAGGCGUUUUUGAAGGAGAAUUCUCACCAGUGGGCGGACUUCGUAUUGAGGAUCUUCGAUCCGAACAUGAACGUGAACCCGAUGAUCGUCGGCGACCCGCACCAUAGUGGCACAGGGUGCUGGGGGAAUGAGAUGAGUGUUGGUCCCAUCGUUCUAUUGCACGAUCUGGAGAUAGUCACAGAGUUCGCCAACAAAGGCGUCGAGUAUGCCCUCCUAAAGGAGCUGCUGUCCUUGAGCAUCAUGACACUGGACACGAUUGUGUACAGCGGCGACGUAGCGCGCCCGCAAGCCAGGCCGUACCUGCGUGUGUUCGGUUUCCGACGCGUCGGCCGCACGGCCAUAUUCGCCUACUCGCCAAACCACGCCCACCCAUCGCGCUCAGUGCCCUUGUCCGCCGAAAUCGCGAUCGACCAGGAUAGGUUUGCGCCGAAGCCUUGGGCCUUCCCGCCGGCGGUUAUGGCGGCUCUCCGGCAGCGCUUCCCCGUACAAACCGCUGCCGAUCCACCCUUCGACCGCACCCUGGCGAUGGCGCCGGCGCAUAUGCAGCCUCAUGUGCCCACUCCGGCGGAAGUCGUCGCUGUCGUGCACGACGCCUACGCUCGCCACCCGGCCUUCAUCCAUGUGCAGGACGACCAGGGCUUUACCCCCGUUUACGCAGCGGCGAUUGGCGGAGCGGUGCCUGCUCUGCGCGCGUUGCUCGAGUAUGGUAUUCCGGCGGAGGAGAUACUCAGCCGGGAUCACAAUGGCGAAGAACAUAUGAAUGCCAUCGAGGCGUUCGACCGUGCGAUGAUGGAUAAAAGGCUGGAGACGCAGAUAUGGGAGCGCCGAAAGACUACGUACUCCGACGAGGAGCUUAUGGUGUCCUACAUGCUGCGCCAGGCGGCAGGGCAGGAGGUUCCUUCGUUGGAGAAGUUCAUGUCGGACGCUCAGCGCGUGCACUAUUAGGCUGAAAGUUUGUUCUUGAGCGUGUAGGUGCAUGGAUAUUCGCGCGAGGGGGAGCCUGCUAUCAUGGUAUCUUCUUGAUUUUCUUGGACCUUCCGCAUAGUAUGGCAGCCUUCUUCGCCUAUGAAGCUGGUAAAACGGGAGCGAAUCUUGAAGUAUGCCUUUGUGCUUGACACUGAUAUAUCGGUGUAGGGCUCAAGUAUCAUACUGCUUCGUUUGGUGCUUGUGAUGGAUUACUUCCGGAUUAGGUAUCUUUUGUCCGGCAACUGCCGAACGCGUGCCGCGUUCAUCUCCGUCCACGCACGUGCGAACAUUCUUUCUCGCCUCCAACCUCCACCUUUUGAAUUCACU